CUCGAAGAAGCGUGCCCUAAGAACUGAGGCAACGCUUUUCCUCGUCCGUCUCCCCCCUUCCUCGAUAAAGCAGGCAAAACCCUAGGGGCAUGUCGGGAUCGUACCGCUCUGCCCCGCCGCGCGGCGGCGGCGGCGGCGGAGGAUACGGCAGAGGCGGGGGCGCUGGAUACCACGGUGGUGGAUAUCAAGGCGGCGACCGUGGAAAUCGGGGAGGCGGCGGGUGCCGAGGCGGGGAUCGUGGCAGCAGGGGCGGCCGAGAAGGGGAUUGGCUUUGCCCUGAUCCUAACUGCGGGAAUCUGAACUUUGCACGGAGAACCGAGUGCUAUAAAUGUGGUGCUCCAAGUCUUCGUGGUGGCAGCAGCACUGGUGGUUAUAACAAAGGGGGAGGGAGAGGAGGAGGAGGUGGAGGUGGUAGUGGUUUUAAUCGAGGUGGUGGAUAUUACAGCAGAGGUGGUUGUGGUGGUUAUAGUGGAGGUGACGGGGGUUACGACAGGAACCGUGGUGGUAGGAGUAAUAACCAUGGUGGAAGAGGUGGUUCUUACGGUAGUUGUCAAGGUAGAGAUAGAGAUGAUGCUGGUUAUGCUCAAAUUUCCCCACCACUUCCGGCUUCAUAUGGUGUCCCUCUGGGAGAUGACCCACCUGGUCCAAACUUCUGUGGCGAGAAUAAUUCUGAUGGUGUGGAGCCUGAUCCGCCGCCCAUUAGCUAUGGUGGGCCCCCUUCUUAUUCCGCUUCAUAUGGUGCCCCGCCAAAUCUAUAUGGACGUGGUGGUCCCAUUGGUCGUGGGGUUCCGCCAGUUGGUUAUGAUGGUGGCUAUGCUGAUCGUCCGAUCCCUGGCCGUGAUGGUGGUGCUCCUCCAUGCUAUGGGGGUGGUGGGCACCGUGGUGCUCCUGUUGAGCCCGCUCUUCCAGUUAAGCAGUGUGACAAAAAUUGUCGGGAAUCCUGUGACAAUUCCAGGAUCUACGUCUCAAAUUUGCCUCCUGAUGUCACCGCCGAGGAGCUUAGGGAGCUUUUUGGAGGAAUUGGGCAGGUUGGAAGGAUCAAACAAAAGCGAGGCUACAAGGACCAGUGGCCAUGGAAUAUUAAGAUAUAUGCUGAUGAAUUUGGAAAUAACAAAGGAGAUGCUGUGCUAUCUUAUGAAGAUCCUUCUGCUGCACAUUCUGCAGGGGUGUUCUAUAACAACUACAAUAUGAGAGGCUACAAGAUUAAUGUUGCAAUGGCUGCAAAGACUGCACCUAGAGCUCCACCUGCUUAUGGGCAUGGAGGUGGGAGAGGUGGAUAUUCUGGUGGUGGAGAUAGGCGCCGAGACAAUUACCAUGAUGGUGGAGGUCAUGGACCUGAUAGGUACCACCAUGGAGGCCAGCGCUCCCGUCCAUACUGAAAAAGACAUUAUUUCUACUAAGAAUGCCAUCUCAAAGCUAUUUCUAUUCAUAUUCACAAGAGUUGUACUCAAAAAAAGGAGCCGAAGCUAGAUAGUUUAAUUUAUCAUAGCAAACCUGGUUUUUCUUCCAUUAAAGGCAUAAAAUGGGAAUUUAGCUGAAGUGGUUUUUAGUUCAUUCAUCAUCCAACCAUGAAAUUGCACAGCCCAUUUGUGGAAGAACAACGGGUUUUCCGUUGGUUAAGUUAGUUGCACCCGAACUUGCAGAAUUGAUUUCUAUUGAAGAAAUAUUGUCCCA